GUAGCAGGUCAAACGAUGCCCAGCAUCCCAACCAUGCGGCGCCUCACAAUUGAUGAUUUUGAAAUCGGGCGUCCUCUCGGCAAGGGAAAAUUUGGGAAUGUGUACCUGGCUCGGCUCAAGGAAAGCCAUUUCAUUGUGGCCCUGAAAGUCCUCUUCAAGUCCCAGAUAGAGAAGGAAGGACUGGAACACCAGCUGCGCAGAGAAAUUGAAAUCCAGGCACAUCUACAACACCCCAAUAUCCUACGCCUGUACAACUACUUCCAUGAUGCACGCCGGAUGUACCUGAUUCUAGAAUAUGCUCCAAGGGGUGAGCUCUACAAGGAGCUGCAAAAGAGCCACACAUUAGACGAACAGCGUACAGCCACGGUAAUGGAGGAGUUGGCAGAUGCUCUGACCUACUGCCAUGAAAAGAAGGUGAUUCAUAGGGAUAUUAAGCCGGAGAACCUGCUGCUGGGGUUCAGGGGUGAGGUGAAGAUUGCAGACUUUGGCUGGUCUGUGCACACCCCCUCUCUAAGGAGAAGGACAAUGUGUGGGACACUGGACUACUUGCCCCCAGAAAUGAUUGAGGGGAGAACAUACAAUGAGAAGGUGGAUCUAUGGUGCAUUGGGGUGCUCUGCUAUGAGCUGCUGGUGGGAAAUCCGCCCUUUGAGAGCCCCUCCCAUAAUGAGACCUACAGACGCAUCCUCAAGGUAGAUGUAAGGUUUCCCCCAUCAAUGCCUUUGGGGGCUCAGGACUUGAUCUCCAAGCUUCUCAGAUACCAGCCCUCGGAGCGGUUGCCCUUGGUCCAGAUCUUGGAGCACCCAUGGGUCCGGGCCCACUCACGGAGGGUGCUGCCCCCAUCUGCUCAAAUGGUUUCCUGAGCCCUGUAUACCCCUAAUCCUUUGUGAUUGCUCAUGGAGCACCCCUGGCUCUGGUAUCUACUCUGUCUUUUGUUUCUUCUCUUUUAAGAUGCAUCUUGCUAAUUAAUAAAAGCUGAAUCAUUUUGUACCA